AUUAAAACUAGCAGGUAGAUUUCCAAUGCAUCGCCCGGAAGUUUUAGCCCCAGAAAUAAAAAUAGUCGAGCUCCUGGGAUGUCCGGACUGGGAAGGCGAUCCUAUACGAUUUUCAAUUGCACUGAACGGUGUUGCACAGCAUUGCGGAGUUCCCAUAACUUUUUCGUCAAACCAGCGGCAAGCGCCCAAACUCUCAGGAGCCGUCCGGAUCAGCCGCUGGCCGCAGCAGGGACUAGGAUCUUCCUGUGGAUAGCUUGCCAAGGGGGGUUGCUGUUGGUUCGGCCGUUUGAUGGCUCUGCACGGAAGGAAGAAAGUCGAAUGAUACCUCAGGAUGGAUGUACCUGCAGUGGUAUUAUCAGGGAGUGGGGACCGUAGGGCGCCAAGAAGAACCAAACAGAAUUGAACUGCGUCUUGCGUGCUUCUGGCGUGGAAAAUCUACUGCAACUCGAGAGGGUGGUGAUGACAGCAGUUCGUGCGAGAUGCUGACAUCUUUUGAUUUUGAUUUUGAUUUUUAUUUUUUCUAAUUUUAUUAUCGGCGUCCGUGUGCUACUCCGUACAGGUUGAGGAUCUUGUUGGGUCCGUGGUGGUCGUUGAUUUGCUUGCAUGACAGCUGCAGGUACGCUGUACGUCUCCGGAAAACCCUUCAGGAGACGAUCCACGGCCAAUCCUUCAUUAGCUUACGUAGAGAAAAUCAUUGAUAGUCAGCAUUGAUCGAAAGGGGUAAUUGCGCAGUGUAAUUGAAUUAACUUAAUAAGACGAGUAUAUCGAAGAGAAAAACGCCUAGGGAUUCGAUUUUAUCCCAAUGGAGGAAAGUGUGUUGGCCCCACUGCGAGGAAGGUGUCGAUGUUGUCCGAGG